CUGUGAAAAGGAGAAAAACCUGGAGUUUACCUGUGAAAAGGAGAAAAGAGACAAUCGGAGCACUCACUCACGGGAGGUUCGGAGCCGAGUGACUGAACGAAGGAGAGAGUUACGUCGAAAGAAGCCAAAGGUGGAUUUUAAGUGAAACCUAAAAGUUAUAUCUGGAGGAAGACCAAGAUUACCUGAUUCCAGCAAACAUGGAUGGAAGACCCACCUGUGAUCAGUGUGGAAGGGCUUUUACCACAGCAAGGAACUUAAAAAGCCAUGAACGCAUCCACACUGGAGAAAGACCAUAUGACUGUGACAAGUGUGGGAAUACUUUCACCACAAUGAGUUAUUUGAAAAUCCACCAACGCAUCCACACUGGAGAAAGACCAUAUGACUGUGACCAGUGUGAGAAGACUUUCGCCACAAUGAGUUAUUUGAAAAUCCACCAACGUGUCCACACUGGAGAAAGACCUUAUGAGUGUGACCAAUGUGGAAAGGCUUUCACCCAAGAAAAUUCCUUAAAAUUUCACCAACGCAUCCACACUGGAGAAAGACCAUAUGGCUGUGACCAGUGUAGAAAGGCUUUCACCAAAGCAAGUGAAUUAAGAAUUCACCAACGCAUCCACACUGGAGAAAAACCAUAUAACUGUGAACAGUGUGGAAAGGCUUUUGCCACAGCAGGUAGCUUAAAAAUUCACCAACGCUUCCACACUGGAGAAAGACCAUACCAUUGUGAUCAGUGUGGAAAGGCUUUCGCCACAAACAGUGAAUUAAAACUCCACAAACGCAUCCACACUGGAGAAAGACCUUACAACUGUGACUACUGUGGGAAAGCUUUCAAAAGAGGAGAGGCGCUUAGAAAACACGUAUACACCCAUAGUGGAGAAAAACCAUUUAGUUGUGAUCAGUGUGGAAAGGGUUUCACCUCAGCAACUGCCUUAAGAAGGCACCAACGCAUUCACACUGGAGAAACACCAUAUGACUGUGACGAAUGUGGGAAGACUUUCGCCACAGCAGCUAGUUUAAAGUACCACCAACACAUCCACACUGGAGAAAGACCAUAUGGCUGUGAUCAGUGUGGAAAGGCGUUCAUCUCAGCAUCUGGCUUAAAAUUCCACCAACGUGUCCACAAUGGAGAAAAACCACAUGAGUGUGACCAGUGUGGAAAUGCUUUCCUCUCAACAAGUGACUUAAAAAGGCACCAACGCAUCCACACUGGAGAAAGACCAUAUGACUGUGACCAGUGUGGAAAGGCUUUCACCACACGCAGUGAGUUAAAACUCCACCAACGCUUCCACACUGGAGAAAGACCAUAUAAUUGUGAUCAGUGUGGAAAGGCUUUCACCACAUGCAGUGAAUUAAAAGUCCACCAACGCAUCCACACUGGAGAAAGACCAUUUGACUGUGGCCAGUGUGGAAAGGCUUUCAUCUCAAGUAGUGACUUGACAAAGCACCAACGCACUCACACUGGAGAAAGACCAUACUCCUGCAACCACUGUGGGGAAGCAUUCAAAAGAAGAGACCACCUUAAAAAUCACCAAGCCGUCCACAGUGGAGAGAAGCCCUACCAGUGCAGAUUCUGUGACAGUUGUUUUAUAACAGCUACACAGUGUAACAGACAUGAACGUUCUAAACAUCUCUGUAAAAGACAAAAACUGAACAGUUCUGAACAGACUUUAGAAAUUAGUGGAAACAAUCAGUCUCAUAGCACACCAAAACAGUCUGAGUCUUAUCAGGUUAAAAAAAGAUUCUUGUCAUCCUCUGCUCUCUCCCGUCAUCAGCGCAAAUGUGAACCAUCAACAUCUGGACCAAAAAGUACCUCAGCAUCAGAUGAGAGGAAGAAACGUAGUGUGUCUGAACCAGCAGCACCGAUUUCUUUUGACAAGAACAUCAGACUUAAAAACCUCCAGAUCAGGCUUCACAGGAUCCAGAUGUGAAGACAAACACCAGACUGAAAGCUGUGUUUUAUUGUCCUCAGAGUAAAGAAGUGUGCUCUAAUGCACCACCUCCACAAAACAGUGAUGUUACAGAACCUCAGCCUGCCACAACGUGAAAAGUUCAACUAGUGGAGGUCAACAAGGACCCUGUUUCUAUUUGGAUACUACUUCUUAUUGAUUUUGUGGACAUUUAAUCAGUUACUUGUCGUGAUUCUGUUGCUGACUGGGGUUCACACCUGUUCAUUGUUCAUAAACAAAACCACCCACUUCUGGAACUAUUUUCCACACUUGUUUAGUGCAGUUUAAGCUUAUCCCCCAAAAUGUUCAACUCUUUCUCCACCACCAACUGUGCUUGAGUGAAUAUAACUGGUGCUCAAACUGAAGGAAACCAUUUGUUGAAGAUGUCAGAGUCCUGAAUCCAUGUGGUUUUGCAUCCAUCAUAAAUAACGUGAACAUAAUAUGGAUGAGACAGAAUGACUGAUGAGUCAUCAGCAGUUCAGGUCCAAACUGAGGCCAACAACAUGAAGGAGAUCACAUUCCAGUCAAGAAGGAAGUUCACCACCACCAAAGGAGACAUGACAGACUGAGCGUGAGACAGCGUCACGAGUCAGUGCUCCAUCUAGUGGUCCAAUCUGGUACUGGUCGGGUCCAGUGUUUUCCUUAACAUGAA